UAAGCGAGCUCCAAGAACGAGCUCCAAGAACCAGCCUUGGACCAUGAGUGUUUACCAAUGCAUAUAAUUAUUUACAAUGUUCCACAGCGCUGUGAAUUUGGAGCUAGCGACACCGUUGGAUGUGGGCGGCGCCAGUGUCUGCCGAACGACUCCUACAUUACGUCAGUCGCCAGCAGUCAAGCGUGCCUCAUACUCUCAGACGCCGAUGUUGUGGUGGGGAGAAGCAGCGAGGAGAAACAUAUCUUAUCGAAACGUUAGCGAGGAAUUCGAUGCAGCCAUGAACCGAACCGGCAGCCUACGUAAAGAACCCGGCGUUUUCACCAGUGCACAUUCAAGAAACUAGCUGCAACCAUCGCUGCCGCUGUGGAAUCUGGGGGAAUACAACCCUCAAGUUGUUAUUCACAAUACAGAGAGACACUAUACAGUACCGCCAUGGUGCUCACCAUGAAAGAAGAAUUAGUGAUGAUGAUCUUGCUUCUGAGCAUCACCAUCGCCUGUGUGUCCUACAUCGUCCUCAUGAACCUACUCGUCAUCAUCGCAAUAUUUCAGGACUCGGAGGCUAGACGGAAGCUGUUCUUCAAGAUUAUCCUUUCCAUUGCAGUGGUGCACUUCAUCCAAGGUGUCACGGUCAUCCCACUCCGUGUUGCUGCCGAGUCUAAUAUUGAACUGUUUAAAGACCUUCCAGAUGUCUGUAAAUACUGGCACGUAACAGAAUUGUCCUUAGCGGUUAUUCUAAUCCUACUCAUCUUUAUGUUGAUGUUUGAGAGAUUUCUAAGCCUCACCUCCCCUAUUGUAGUUUCCAAUACCUGUUUCGGUUGCCUGAUGCUGGUGUCACCCUGGAUCUUAGGAACAGCGUUUACCUUACUGUUGUUCUACACAAGUAAUAGUGAUCUGCAAAACUUAUUGGAUUUCUUGCAAGGGAACAAGAAGGACAGUUGCACACUGGGACAGUCGGAACAAUGGAUUUUUUCAGUGUUUGGAUUCCUGCUACCAUCAGCAUUCGUGUUCGGGUUUUGUUGGGCCAACGUCGUCAUUAUGUGUAUGCUGAAAAGACGGUACAGUGAGAGAUUUGUAGAAAACCCGAUGAGCCACACCACUGCAAGUACCCUCGUUGCCCUCUUUUUCAUUGUGAUGUGGUUACCAGCUCAUUGCACUCCCAUCAUGUCUUUUUUCAACAAAGGAUACUGCCCAGACCUACUGAAGUACAGUGGGUUUGCAAACGCUGCAGUUACGCCCUCCCUGUGGUUGAUUGUGCCGGCUAUUAAGAAAGGAUUCCACUGUAUAUGCUGCUGUGGUUGCCGUUCAUGUCGUGGGGAUUCCCAAAGACAGGCUGGCGUCGUCCACACGUCUGCUGUUGAUGAGACUCGGAUCAGAAUGCUUGGGCAAGAGCAGAUUCAGCCAUCAUUCACAACCAAAUUGUAAAAUGAUGAAGACAAAGCCUUCAGCUAUAUUGUCUACGGGAGUCGUUAAAGGGCUAAAUUGAGUUUGGAGCCACGAGUCAAUGUCUGGAUUACAACUAAUAGACGCGGGGCAUCAACAAGAGCGCAUUUUAUAAUGCUGGACGCGUUACGUAAUACAAUAAUUAUACUGAAAAGACUUCAUGUAUAUGAGGAUUAUCAUCAGUAUCAUUUGUUUCUUUCACCAACCCUUAACUUCGUUAACCUGAGCAGACAAAUAACACAAACACCUUGCACAAGUCAAGUCAGUUGUGUAAAAGGUAAACAAGAAACCUUUGUGGGAAUAAAGCGUGAAGGUUAGUUACAUGAACGUGAAUACCGAACGUGCACUUGUUCGACCAUGCGCUAUAACUCAACUGUGAAUACCAAACGUGAACUUUUUCGACCAUGCGCUAUAACUCAACUGUGAAUACCGAACUUGUUCGGCCAUCAACUAUAACUCAACUGUGAAUUCCGAACGUGAACUUGUUCGACCAUGCGCUAUAACUCAACUGUGAAUACCAAACGUGAACUUGUUCGACCAUGCGCUAUAACUCAGCUGUGAAUACCAAACGUGAACUUGUUCGACCAUGCGCUAUAACUCAACUGUGAAUACCGAACGUGAACUUGUUCGACCAUGCGCUAUAACUCAACUGUGAAUACCGAACGUGAACUUGUUCGACCAUGCGCUAUAACUCAA